UCUAGAACUUCCGGAGAAAGUCAACAUAUGUUUGAUGGGCGUUUAUAAAUAUUAUAGAGAGGAGAAAAGUCUUAAACUGCGGGACUGAGAGACCGGUGUUUGUCAGCUUCAUAUAACGUAACUAACGUUACUGCAUAAGCCACUGAGUACACAGAAUUGAUUUUGAACGUUUUGUUUAGGUCCUACACGAAUAAGCAUUUUAACCGAUGACUAGUCUUGUUUGCUUUAAUUUGCUUUUAUUUUUUUAAUCAAAAAGUACCGGUUGACCCAUUUCAAUUCAAUUAUGACCUUCCCUUAUGUUGAAUUUAAUGAUGUUUAUGUGCAGGCAUCAUGUCGUCCAGCAUUGCUCAAAAUCUCCGGAUAGCAGCUGUUCUUCUGGUGUUUCUUGUUCUUAUAGAUGUGAUUUCACUCGCAUAUGCAGAUAAGUGCAUCUGUCCACCCUACAGAAACAUCAGUGGACAUAUCUACAAAAAGAAUGUGUCCCAGAAAGACUGCAACUGUCUGCAUGUGGUGGAGCCCAUGCCAGUGCCUGGCCAUGAUGUGGAGGCCUACUGUCUGCUCUGUGAGUGCAAGUAUGAAGAACGAAGCAGCAACACCAUUAAGGUGACCAUUAUAAUCUACUUGUCAGUGGUUGGAGCUCUUCUGCUGUACAUGCUGUUUCUACUUCUAGUUGAUCCUCUAAUCCGCAAACGUGAUCCGUACACCAUGCCACUGCAGAACGAGGAGGAUUCUGAGGAUGUGAGGCCCCGUGUGGAUGGUUCACAAGGUCGUGGGAACACUGUGCUGGAGAGGGUAGAGGGGGCUCAGCAGCGCUGGAAGAAACAGAACCUUAGUCAUUCUCUUUCUUCAUCUGCUGCACCCCAAGGCCGCCCAUCCCCUCCUCCACCUGCCUCCGCACCCCCAAGAAUGUACACUGACUGCCCGUCUAUAUAUAUCCCUCAGAAGGGGCCAGCUGUGCCUAAAUGCUCCCUUCCCCUCCAAUGUCUGCUUGUCUGGUGUAGGUUUGCAGCAGGGGCCAGGGCCAAGAAGGUACACUGUGCCUUCUCAGAGAGGGCGAGAUGUUGGAUGAAGCUUAGGACCAUACUAAAGAUCUGACCUGGACUUAAGAAGACCAAGGAUUUGCUAAACUAGGAAUCUCAUUUCAGGUUUUGGCAAUUUUUUGUG